AUGGCCAUCACGACUGACCUGCUAGGCGCCAGCACCAUACCCGGCAGCUCCGCCACCGGUCCAAACUCCAUCCACACUCUUCAAAGCGUCCCCUCCUCCACGCUACUAGCGCCCACACCAGCAUUACGCCGACUGCUGACCAUUCUGCCCAAAGCCUCUGUCUGCUCUCUCGUUUCGCGCUGGUUAUCAUCUCUAUCAUCUUCCGGUCGAUCAACCGAUCGAGACAUUACACCUCCCUCUUUCAGUCGUCGCAAUGCAGGCGCUUCGACUGGGACCUCCACGUCAACCUACUUGGACCUGCACGAGUCUAGAAGGGCCAGGAAUGUCGAGGAACUCAGAGCUUUGUGGAAGGGACCCAUGUUGGAUGGCAGAGUGCCCAAGAGCAGAGCGGUGGAUCGGAUUAUGGAGACUGAUUGGCCAGAGGGAAUCAGCUACGCUAUGGCCUCGAUGAUCUCUGCUGAAGCGCUUCAAGUCAGUCCGACUAGUCGCACAUGGACAGCUGCAAGGGCUUUCUUUGACGACGGAGAUGCGAGUGAGUGCAAGGCGUGGAGAGCAAGCCCAAUGCACAAAAGGAGAGGCAGUCGCCGAUAGCGCUCGCUGACUCUGACGCAACUUGCUCGCCUUCUCAGCACCUUCAAGCUUGCGUGGCAUCUCACCUCAAGCCAUGCAGGCGCGUCUGACAUCGGAGCUGCGCAAUUACUUUACACACCACCUCUAUCUUUUACAAACACCCGGCACCUCCAUCACCUCGUCCUUUAUCCACCUACACCUCACCCUCCCACCACACGCUCCAGACAUGUGCGGAGGUACGCACAUCCUGUACGUGCCUGGAACGCGCUGGGUGCUUCUGAGCGGAUCGCUGGGCCGUACAGGCGGCGGAAAUUCCCGCAGCAUCCUGCAUGCCGCUUUGGCUCAAGCUUUAGGAGCUCUAGAAGUAAGGGGUCCCAAAAGUGCUGUUGCUGGUCGGUCGAGCACGAAAGGUGGCAGAGAUGAAAAUGAUUCAGAAGAAAAGGUAGACAAGACGCUACCCGAACUCAAAGGAAAGGAUCCCAGAGCGCUAUUGGAUGUGCUCCUAGCUGGAGAGGCAGAGGGUGCUGGAGUUUCUGCCACCAAAAGCGAUGCUGGAUUUGGGAAUGCAAGUGCGAGACCCGGAGCUGAGGGAGGCGCGGGAAGAGCUAUGAGACAUGGGCAGGCCGAAGAUGAACCGCUUCUAGGGGCCAAUAAGCGCAAACGUCUGCUGAACGCUUUGUCAGCCGACGCCCAACUUCAAGAAUCGAGUCCAGCCGACUUCAAUGCCACUGGUAUGGCGGAGCAUCCGGCAGUACGCGCCGCUCGACUCUCACUGCAGCGCACAGUGGAGACCAAUCGACAAAAGGAGAUCAGAGAAUUGUUUGGCGAAAGGAUGGGAAAGGGGAAUAAGGAUGUACCUAGCAUCGAGCGGAUAGACUACGAGCUGCAUUUACCUACGCCGGCUGAGGGUCCGUAUCGGUCCGUCUCGCUCGUCGGACCUGGUGCAGAGCCCAUACGACUCAGGAUCCAAGGUACUCACAUUCUCGCUGGAAUGAGAGCUUUGGUACAAAGCGGCGCGGACGACAAGAGCGCCAACGCAAAGGAUGGGAAGAGGUCGGAAGAAGAGGCUGGAGCAGCGCGACGUGAUCGCAAAGGAUUGCCCACUUGGUUGACGGAUGUCAGAGGUACUCGUGUUGUCGUCAGACCCGUCAAGAAAGCUGCGGAAGGGGAGGACUCUUUGGAAGCAUGA